AUGGCCGGCCCGGCGUCCGGCCGGGCCCCCCGGGCUCUCGCUUCCAGGAGGAGCCUGCUACUGCUCCCGUGUGCCCGGGGCCCCCGCGGGCAGCUCCGGACCGGGGCGGGACACUUCCCGCGCCGGGCAGCGUCGGGGCCGAGGCCGGGAGAAGGAGAAAAGCGCCGGCAGGUGGCGCCAGGCCAGGAGCUGGGCUUUUGGCAGGAGAGGUUGGCAGACCAGCUGUUGCCCCUCUGGAGACUGAGCUACGAGGAACAACUGAAGGUCAAGUUUGAGGUUCUCAAGAAGACCCUGGAACAGCUCCAGAGGCGGCUCCACAAGGCAGGCGUGGGGGCAGGGGAGCCCCAAGGGCCCGGCGCCCUCCUGCAGCCUUUUGUGCCCUCCCCUGUCAUCAAUGGGUACAGGAACAAGUCGGUCUUCUCUGUAAACAGAGGCCCAGAUGGCCACCCCCAGACUGUGGGCUGCUUCCUGAGAUCCCCUGGAGGGAAGGAGCUUUUCUGUGUGCCCGCCGACCAGCUGAGGGCUCUUCCUCCCAGCCACCUCCAGGUUGCCCAGUGCUAUGAGGCAUUUCUCCGGCAGACCCCUCCAGACCCCAGCCUCGGCCCUCCCCAGCUCGGGCCCUGGCGGCGGCUCCGUGUACGGACAGGGCUCCCGGGGCACAGGAUGGCCAUCAUCACUUUUCAUGCUCAGGGGCUGAGUCAGGAGGCUGUCUGUGCCCACAAGGAGCGAGCCCAGGAGUUCUUCAUGGCGGGGCCAGGAGCGGCAUGUGGCCUGACCUCAUUGUACCUGAAGGAGAGGGCCGCCCCCAGACCUGGGUUCCCGGGCUUCCAGCGCUAUGAGCUCCUGGCCGGGGAGCCUCACGUGCUGGAGGACGUCCUGGGCCUGAGGCUGCGCGUCUCUCCUGGAGCCUUCCUGCCCCUGAACACGGGGGCUACCGAGGCUGUGUGCCGGCUCGUGGCAGAACUGAGCGGAGCCGAUCGGAACACCACCGUCCUGGACCUCAGCCACGGCACAGGUGUCACGGGCCUCUCCCUGGCACAGCGGGUGGCCCGGGUCUUGAGUGUGCGGCUGGCUGGGCAGGCUGUGGAGGAUGCCAGGUGGAGCUCAGCCUUCAAUGGGAUCACCAACUGGGAAUGUCAGCGGUGGGAUGUGGACAAGGCCAUGGCUCAGCUCUGGAAGGCCGAAGGGGAUGGCCGGGCCCUAGUGGUGCUGCUGGACCCAGCGGGCGCCGCCCUGUCUGCCAGGGUCAUCCAGGCCGUCCGAGGCUGCCCGGUCAUCCGGACGCUGGUGUUUGUCUCCUGCCGGCCCCACAAGGAGGACAUGGAUGCCUUUGUGCAGCUGUGUUGUCCGGGGCCUCUCGGCCAGGACCCCCAGGGUGAGCCUUUCCUGCUGAGCCGAGCCGUGCCGGUGGAUGCCUUCCCGCACAUGCUGUCUUCUCAGCUGGUUCUGGCCUUCACCCGCUGACCAAGCAGCCAGCCUCAGCCCUGUCCCCUCUCAAUAAAGGCUUGUGAUGGGAUCUGCCAGGUCUUCCCAAUGUGUCCAGGGCCGCUUGCACACAGACAGCGGCUCCCAGAGGGCAGGGGGAGGCUGGGACUAUCCCUUCCACUUUGACCUUGGAGCAACACUGGGCGUGGGUGUGGGUGGUCCAGUAACCAGACCUGGUUCUGGUCCCUUCCUGAGCCCCAGCCUGUGGCCUGGGUCACCCGUUCACCUCUGAUGAGCACCCGAAGGUCUACCUCUGGUCACCCCCUGAGCCCUGCCCAGCACCCUGUGGUCAGAGCAGCCCCCCUGGCUGGCCAGCUGCCCCUCCCCCCAACCCUAGGGCACCAGGGUCAUUGGUAAGGCCCAGGCCUGCCCAGGCUGGGAAGUGAGGGAGAGGGCGUACCCCGGGGAGGGAGCACCUCUGGGGAAUUAUUAGCCCCUCCCCCUGGGCUGAGCUGCGAGCCCACUCUGGUUCCAAAACAAUGAUAGGGCCUCCCCGGGAAAGAUGGCGGCGUCUGCGGCGGUGGCGUUUGUGACCUUCGGCCGCCUUCUGGGCCGCAGCCAGGGCUUCCCUGUGGCCGCCAGAUGUUUUGGUGUGCAGGUGUCGCCCACGGGGGAGAAAAUUACCCACACAGGCCAGGUUUAUGAUGAAGAUGAUUACAGGAGGAUUCGCUUUGUUGGUCGCCAGAAAGAGGUAAAUGAAAACUUUGCA